CAAGACGCAGCAUGAUGCUCAAUCAGAGUAGCAGCAUGGCCAGGCGCAGUCAUGGACUGAAGCAGCUCACCUUGGAGGAAGCUUUACGUGGAAGACGUUCACAACCUGGAAACUCACGCGAGUCAGACAGCGACAGUGACGAUGACUCUAGUUCCGAUUUCAGUGAACCGGACCCCGACUCAUCUGACGAGUGGAUACCCCCAGGCUCUGGGACUAAUAGCAGAGCCUCCUCUCCCCUUAGCCGGAGAUCGCCCUCUCCUCGGCCAGCAAGGCGACAUGGCGAUGAUCCUGCACCCAGCUCGCGCAGUCAGCACCCCCCUACAUCAAGUAGAGGAGGACGACAUGCACGUCACCCCUCCCUUGCCCUCAUGCGUGCGACCAAAACGAAGAAGAAAGACCCUGUACCCACCACGCGCAUUCAGAACCCCUCUACAUCAAUCAGAGGACGACAUGCACCCUCCAGUGCGCUCAUGCGUCGAACCAAAACAAAGAAGAAAGAUACUGCAUCCAGCACUCUCAUCCAGCAUCCCUCUACAUCAAGCAGUCAGAGCUCGAACUUCCAUGCGCCACGCACUACCAAAGCAAAGAAGAAAGACCAGGCAGACAUUCUGGCCAAGGCACCGACACUGGGGCCUGGCAUGAAGAUGGCUGGCAGCCCAGCCAUAUUCCAUUCACUGCUACUCCGGAGUGCUGCCGCCGAAUUGGACAGCGACCAGCCAGCUGACUUCUUGAAGCUCUUCCUCACAGAUGAACUGCUACAGAACAUUGUUGAACAGACCAACCUAUAUGCCAGUCAGAGGAACAGGGGGGAGCCUGCAAAUAUGAGGGAGGUGGCAAACCUGGAGGUUGGGGGAAGAACAGUGCGGCACAAUGGGAGGGUGAUGGUGGUGGCCUGGCAGGACAAGAGAUUGGUGGUGAAGGCGUGGACUGUGAGGCGCAGGUUGGGAGAGGAUGAGGUGGAGCAGACAGAGGGGGAGGGCGGAGGUGCUGAGGGGGAUGUGGACGUGGAAGGCAGACCUAAUCGAGCACCCUACAACACUGACCCAGACAGCAGAUUACCACACUAA